AUGCACUGCUUUACCUGGACGAUUCUGGGUGGCCUAUUGGCCCUUACCUCAGCUGCAGGAUUGCCCCAAAGGGCGAGCAGUGGUUACCAGGAGCAAGAUACGGCCAGAGCCUUCUAUUCCUAUGGCUACAGUGAUGAGAAUGCGGCCAGGGCUGAGUACUCCUCCCGAGAUGGAACCUCCCGGGGAUUCUACUCCUAUGUGGAUGCCGAUGGAAAACUACAAACGGUUCGAUAUGAAGCCAAUGGAGUUCAGGGCUUUAAGGCCGAAGCGAGUAACCAGCCCCAAGCACCCGUGGACGAGGGAAAGGCUCCAUUGCCGGUAACCGACACUGAGGAGGUGCAGCAGGCUCGUCUAACCCACCUGAAUGCUCUGCGGGAAGCCAGAGAGAAAGCUUUGGCCACCAGUUUGCGUGAGGAGGUGGACAGAAGGCAGCAGGAUCAGAACAGGAACAGCAACGAGGAUCAGCAGUCGGGGGAGCAGAGUCUGACCGAUGAGGAUGCGGCGAUCUUGGAGAAAGUUCGCGCCGAGUUAUCAGCUAUGCUGGCCGAUCGUCAGCGAGCGCUCAGUUUGCCUAGGAACAGAGAAGACCAGGAGCAGCGGAAGGAUCAGGAAAUCCGACAGGAUCAGAGACAAGACCCCAGGCAGGAACAGAGGCCAGAUCUGAGACAGGAGCAAAGGCCAGAUCAGCGAGAAGAUCGACGACAAGAUCUGCGACUUAAUGGACGACAAGAUCAGCGAGAAGAUCGACGACAAGAUCAGCGGGAAGAUCGGCAACAGGAUCAGCGAGAAGAUCGGCGGGAAGAUCGGCGAGAAGAUCGUCGAGAAGAUCGGAGGGAGGACCGGCGAGAAGAUCGGCGAGAAGAUCAGCGAGAAGAUCCGCGAGAAAAUCGGCGAGAAGAGCAGAGAGAAGAUCGUCGACAGGACCUGAGAAUUGACCAUGAAUCUCGUCAAGACCAGCGCCAAAACCAACGUCAAGACCAGACCAGGGAUCAAGAAUCUUUGCGAGAAUCGAGUCAAAUCCGGGAGAAUGAUCGUCAGAUCUCCUCUGAUCGCGAUGCCGAUGAUCUGCGCCUGCGCACCAUCUACUCCUUGGCUGAUCUAAGCUCCAGCAGUUAUCUGAAGCUCGGCGGCUUGGCAAGUGCCGAGAAACUGCUCGAGGAUCGGUUAGACAACAGUGAUCUCCGUGUGCCAAUCGGUGCCUACUACACCCUGGUUUCCCCAAACACCAAGUAUAGUGUGACCACGCCCACGGAGCUGCGAACCCUGCGCCCGGUGGCCCUUAGCCGCAGUUUGUUGGUAAGCAAACGCAAUUGA